AAACAGAAUUUGUUGUGUGUGUUUUUUAAUUGUUUCCCUUUUCAGUGAUUGCCCAUAACUUCGCUGAAUCAUAUUUUUUCAACUAAUAAUGUUUUCUGGUCACGCACAAGACGUUAUAGAAGAAGAUGCAGCGGAUUUGCAAUUUCCUAAAGAAUUUGAAAAUGCAGAAACACUUCUUAUAUCUGAGGUUGAUAUGUUGUUAGAACAUAGAAAAGCACAAAAUGAGUCAGCUGAAGAGGAACAGGAAUUUUCAGAAGUAUUUAUGAAAACCCUAACUUACACCAAUAUGUUCAAGAAAUUUAAAAAUAAGGAAACUAUAGCAGCAGUUAGGAACCUUCUUCAGUCUAAGAAAUUGCACAAGUUUGAAGUUGCCAGUUUAGCCAACUUAUGUCCAGAAACGCCUGAAGAAGCCAAGGCUUUGAUCCCAUCUUUGGAAGGAAGAUUUGAAGAUGAGGAACUUAGAAUACUCUUGGACGACAUACAAACAAAACGGAGCUUACAAUAUUAAUCUAAUUUACUUCUCAUAAAUGAAUUUUUAAUUUUAAGACUAAUCAAAAUAAAUUCAAAUUUUUUGGA